UCUUAAGAGUUGAAUAAUUGUAUAUGAGUGCUUUAAGUUUCCUCUGUUUCUCUUUGCUGGUAGAACUCACCGAAAACAUUGGCCUUCCCCUGAAUCUGCUUGAAAAGCAUGACCCUUGGCCAGCCUAUGUCACGUACACCUCCCCAGUGGUGAAAAGACUAGUUGAGAAAAACAGAGCUCGAGAGCUGGAAUGUGUGCAAACGAGCGAGGAAACCCGGCGGGGGUCGAGGCACGGCAAGCCUCCCAACAUCAUUCAGCUGAAGUGGUGGAAGCCCUCCAAAUCCUCCAGUGAGGUUGUGUUGAAGGACACGCUGUCAGAGACCAUGUUAUCGGUUUGGGGCACUUACUCCGUAAUGGCCAUGGCUCCCACUGUUCUCCCAGAGCCCACACACUUUAUUACAGAUUCCAGAGAAUGUCCCACCACAAACUAUAACAAGAUCAUCUUCUCCCGAAAGCCCAUGAUGAGGAUGCUUCCGUACAGUUCACUGCUGACCAGCAAAGAGAAACAUUCCAAUGGUUAG